AUGCCGACCCUUGUCCUGACAAACUUCAAUAUUGUCACUGCGACCUUGGGUGGCUUCAUCACCGUCUUCGCUCUCGUCAGCUACUUGCUGAAAGAGAGGUUCUAUCUGUCAGAAGCAUUGAUAUCUUUGGUGGCGGGUGUCAUAUUAGGGCCCGAUGCAACCAACCUCAUCAGGCCUAUGCAAUAUGCGCUUCACUCGGAAGAAAAUCUCGAUUACAUCAACCUGUACUUCACCCGCCUCGUCUUGGGCGUCCAGCUUGUGCUUGCCGGCGUCCAGCUGCCAAACAGGUACCUCCGGACGGAAUGGAGGUCACUAGCUCUCCUCCUUGGCCCAGGAAUGUGCGGCAUGUGGAUGUGCGCCAGCUUGCUGGUCUGGGCAUUUGUUCCUCACCUGAACAUCCUUCACGCACUGGCGAUUGGAGCGUGUGUGACGCCGACAGAUCCAGUCUUGUCCAACUCGAUUGUCAAGGGCAAAUUCGCGGACAAGAACAUCCCAAAGCCGCUACAGAAAAUCAUUAUUGCGGAAUCAGGUGCGAACGAUGGCCUGGGCUACCCGUUUCUGUUCAUCGCCCUGUAUUUGAUCAAGUACGUCCAGCACGGGGGUGAGGGCCAGCACGGCGGUGCGUCAAAGGCGCUGGGCGAUUGGUUUGGAGAGACAUGGGGAUAUACCAUUCUUCUGAGUGUCGUCUACGGCGCUGUAGUGGGGUGGAUUGCAAAAGAACUGCUCCAUUUCGCUGAGGAAAGGAAGUUUAUCGAUCGAGAGAGCUUCCUCGUCUUUGCCAUAACGCUGGCUCUCUUCAUCACGGGAACGUGCGGCAUGAUUGGCUCUGAUGACGUGUUGGCAUGCUUUAUUGCCGGAAACGCGUUUACCUGGGAUGACUGGUUCCGCCGCGAAACCGAAGACGACUCUCUUCAGCCCACCAUCGACAUGCUGCUCAACAUAUCCGUCUUUCUCUGGUUUGGGGCAGUGUGUCCGUGGGUGUCAUUCCGGGACAACGAUGUCAUUCCCAUCUGGCGGCUGAUUCUGCUGGGCAUUACGAUCCUUCUCUUCCGGCGUCUGCCCGUUGUUUUCGCCAUGCACAAGAAGAUACGCCAGAUUGAACAGUUCCAGCAAGCUGCGUUUGUGGGCUUCUUUGGCCCGAUUGGGGUCUCGGCGAUUUUCUAUCUCUACAUCAGUAUCGAGUUCCUCCAUCAAAUCACCGUGGACGGCACCGUGAGGGAAGAUGCAGAACGGCUCGAGGAGAUCAUGAGGGUGGUAAUCUGGUUUCUGGCCAUCUGCAGCAUCAUCGUCCACGGUCUGUCAAUCCCUCUGGGCAAGCUUGGAUAUCACCUUCCGAGAACCAUGUCUCAGGCGCUGAGCACUGAGGCCAGCGAGGAUGAACCAGAUCUUCAUGUAGGCCCGAGACAUCAGCAAAGAUCCACUAGUCAAUUACGGCCGAGAAAGACCAGUCGCCGCGGGAGAGACCGCCAACCAAGCACCGGCAUGUUCAUAAUCGGACAGGGACAGCCCACACGGACCACGGCGAUGGAUUUGGAGAGUCAGCUGGAGCCGAGCAGGCCCGUCAACAUCAUCGAGAAUACCCCGGAAGGAGGGUCGCCGGCUCCGACGACGCCGAUGGACAGCCAAGCAGGUAUUGAAAUGUGCAAUGGAGUCUCGAAAAGACCAGCACACUUGUCGAAGCUGGAGGGAACCAAGGUAGAUAAGGCGGCGGGCGACGGAGGAGAUGUGGCUUGA